CGCAUGCUCUUCACUGAUCUCACCCUAAACACCUCAUAACAUCCAUCGGAUGGCACAACAUCCGUCAGAAUAGACCUCAGCAAACACUGUUGGAGCCCCCCUAAAUCAACAUGGAUUACGUUAAAUUGGACCUCUCUUAGACACAAACAUCAUUACAACGUAACUUAAAGGUUUAACAGCCGUCAAUUUCAGCUGCAUGCUCAACCAUUUUGUUUUAUUCCGCGGACUCCUCAUCUUAUAAACAGUUAGUUGUUUAAACGAUUCUCUAGCCCUAUGUGGAAAAAGCGCUCAAUAAUAGCGUUUUUUUUCAUUUGCUAUUAAUAUAACAAUCGGCAUAGUUCAGCAAUGGCAGAUGCGGAGUUGCAAACCUUUACAUCCAUUAUGGACGCCCUCGUGCGCAUAAGCUCUAAUAUGAAGAGUAUAGAGAGAGAGCUGCACUGUCCCGUGUGUGAGGAGAUGGUGAAGCAGCCGAUAGUGUUGCCAUGUAUGCACAGCGUGUGUGUGCUGUGUGCGGCAGAAGUCUUGGUUCAGAGAGGAUACCCGCCCCCCGAGCUCCCCCCAGAGCCCAACACACCGACCUCAAGCCCCAACACACGCUCUCCCCGACAGACACGCAGACCUCCACCCAAAACGGACCGCCUAGACCGGGUGAUCAGAACAGUGUGUGGAACACAUCCAGGACGGAGGCGUAAAGACACCCCUCCCGUGAUCAUGCUGUUCCCCUGUCCCACCUGCGGAAAAGAUGUGGAGCUGGGAGAGAGAGGGCUUGCAGAUUGUCUGAGAAACCUCACACUGGAGCGGAUAGUGGAGAGGUACAGGCGGACAGUAAGUCUUGGCAGCAUGGCAGUCAUGUGCCAGUUCUGUAAACCUCCUCAGGCUCUUGAUGCCACCAAAGGCUGCGCUGACUGCAGGUCCAACUUCUGUAAUGAGUGCUUUAAACUGUACCACCCCUGGGGCACACCACGAGCCCAACACGAACACAUCAUGCCCACACACAGCUUCAGACCCAAGGUAUUAGUUUGUGUGGAACAUGAGCAGGAGAGGUUGCAGUUUUACUGCAGGUCAUGUCAGCAUCUGUUGUGUCCGCUUUGUAAACUCCGUCGGGCCCACAGUGGACACAAGAUCAUUCCUAUUGCGUUGGCUUACCAAACUCUAAAGGAGAAGAUCACCAAGGAAAUGAACUACAUCUUGGGCAAUCAGGAUUCUAUACAGGCACAGAUCACCCAAGUAGAAAGCGGCAUUGCUCAGACUGAGGUGAACAGCGUGGUGGCUAAGGAGCAGUUGACCCAGUGUGUGAGUGAGUUGCGUGGUGUGCUGGCGGAGCGUCAGGGGGCUUUGGCCAUGUUGAUGGAGGGGGCUCGUGCGCAGCGGGCAGGGGCUCUGAAUGCACAACUCUUAGAAAAACAGAGUCUUUUGGAACAUGCAGGACUGCUCACAUACACUCAGGAGCUUCUUAAGGAAACCGACCAGCCGUGCUUCGUGCAGGCCGCCAGAGUCACACACAACAGACUGGUAAAAGCAAUAGAACAUCUUCAGCAUUUCUCUCUAGCUGCUGAUCCCUCGUUUCGACACUUUCAAAUAGACGUCUCCAGAGAACUCGCAGCACUCAGCAGCAUGGACUUUAUUCAAGCCCCAUUGGCUCCUGUGAUUGACACUCAAAAGACCCUGGCCUAUAACGAGCUCUAUUUGUGCUGGCGCCUCCCACAGGACUCCGCCCCCGCCUGGCACUACUCAGUGGAGUAUCAGAGGAAAGUGGGCGGAGCUGGAGCAUUAUGGGGCAGAGUCUGGUCUGACGGAAGCUCAGGAAGUAAUGGCACACACUGUCCUUGGCAGCGUCUUGAUGAUGUGGGCGGGACCAGUGCAGUGGUUGACAAGCUAGAGAUGGACAGUGUGUAUGUCCUGAGAGUUCGUGGCUGUAAUAAGGCAGGGUUUGGAGAGUACAGUGAGGAGGUGUAUCUACACACACCUCCUGCACCAGUGUUGUCGUUCUGCCUGGAUUCGCGCUGGGGCCUGCAUGCGGAGCGGGUGGCAUUGGGGAAAGGGCAGACGUAUGCCCGGAGUGUUCCCGGGAUGACCCUGUUGCAGGCAGCUGAUCGGGCCCUUACCUCGUGUCACCUCACCUCUGACCUCCUUGUGGCCGACAUUUCUAUCACACAGGGACGACACUACUGGGCAUGCUCAGUGGAGCCUGGAUCCUACCUGGUUAAGGUGGGAGUGGGUGUUGAAGCAAAACUGCAGGAGUGGUUCCAUCUUCCACAAGACAUGGCAAGUCCACGGUACGAUCCAGACAGUGGUCAUGACAGCGGUGCAGAGGACGCCCAGGACUGCCCUCCUCCAUUCUGUUUCCUCACAAUGGGCAUGGGCAAGAUUUUACUACCCAAGUCAGCUAACACUUCUACCGGCCCACUCACUGCCCCCCUGCCACCUCGCCUCGGACUGUGUCUGGACUUUGAGAAGGGGCGGCUCACUUUCUACGACGCACACUCUCUGCGAGUGCUGUGGGAGGGGACUGUCGAUUGCUCCGCCCCUGUGUGCCCAGCCUUUUGUUUCAUUGGCGGAGGGGCUCUGCAGCUACAGGAGCUAAUAGCUAAUCGCAGUGCAGAGCAGAACCCGCCAAGGAGAGUGACCAUCCAAACACGUGCCACCGAUGCCGGUCACUGAAAUCUGAUCGCUUUAAAACUAGUCAAAUCAGCACCUUUAGGCAAAUAUUCUUUUAUCGUUUUCUAUCGACUUUGUUUACGAGCUUAUUUCAUAGCUAAUGAUGUAUUGACUGAUGAUAUUUUAUAUUAAGAUUCAAUUUAAUUUCAAAGUAUACACAUUAAAAAAAGGUUAUGGAUGCUAACAACAUGUAGCAUGCUAACAACAUGUGGGUCAGCAUUAAAUAAUGAGGAAUCGUUCAUUUUUAUGGCUACAAAAUAAAAAGCAAUGGAAAUAUAGUCCAUGUAUGAUUCAGGUUCACUCGUGACAGACAAAAGGUUCUUACAAAAACAAAUGAUUCCCCGCUAUUUACAAACUCCUUUUCCCUGCAUUGUUAGCAUGCAAACCACCCAAAAUGGGUGUGCUAAUAGUUAGUAUUACACCCUGAUUUAUUCAUUAACAAUGUAUGUGCUCUUUACAGGAAUGUUAAAACGUCUUGACGUGAUCAUGUUGCAGUUCUAAUCCAUUUGAGACUGUCAUGUUUCUAAGUAGUUCCCGAUGUAUUUGAAUUGUGUUGCUACUUUGAGGCUCAGCUAAGAUGUCAAACCUUGGUUGGACAUGUUGUCUUGGUAUCAGUCCACGUUCUGUGCAUAGAGACCUUGUCUGUUUGGUUGUUUGGGCCAAAACAGGGUUGACAGUUGAAGUGAAAUGAAAAGAACCUGCUUUUGUGAGAUUCCUACAGGUGCCUGCUCAAAUGUUAUACAACCGACUCCCAUUUGAAUGUCCUAAAUACCGGUAAUAAUAUCCAAAACACAACUGUCUUGACACAUCUCAUACUUUUUUAGGCUUUUUUCAUAAUCAUUUAUUCAUUCAAAAUUUUUUUUUUUGCAGAAUGGGUAUGGCAACAACAAUUUAGCGGGUAAAGUAAACUUUUCAGAAGUGAAUGCUGCUUAUGACCGUGCAACUGUCAGAUGUGAGUGGGCAUUUUUGAAUUGUAUGGUGAACGUCAAAUGUAUUUAUUGCGCGUGUGUGUGAGUGUGUGAUAUUGCAAUAAAGAAAGACAGUUGCUGAAAGCUUGGGUUUUGGCCAUAUUUUCUGCUACUUAAGUGCAUUGUUGCAGAUUCAGGUCUCGUUGUGUGAAUUUAUAUUGUUGUUGAUAUUAUGUAGCAUUUCUUAAAAUGGCCCUUUGAAAACAGGCAAAAAGUUUGUAAAAUACACUAAUGGCAGAAGUGAAAUAAAGCAUCAAUGUUUCUCACAGAACACAUUUUUGCAUUCCAUGUGCUGCUAUUCCAUUGUCUUUUUAUGUAAACGAGCUAGAUGGACGUGUUUGACUUUUGCGCUUGCAUAUGACACAGAGUUAAGCAAUCACGUUAGGAUUUUAAAAAACACGUCUUCAGGUCUUGCCUUUUCCCCAUUCCACGGCCCUGCGUCUCAUGUAUAUAGUUGAAAGUAAAAACCUUAACCUAUUUUUUUUUGAUGAGUUAAAGCAAUGUCAAAACAUAUGUUGUUAUAACUUAUUGAUAAAAAAAAAAAAGUUUUUCCUCACCUAAGACUGUGAACUUUAAAUCUAUUGCACACAAAACUGACAAAGAUUUCAAAUUAUACUCAGAUAUUCAGUCAUACUCGGGUCAGGUCAAGUCA